CAGGAGGUUCGCAGGAUCACGUCGCCUGCUCCGCUGCCAUGGCGCUCCUCUGCUCCGGUGGCCGCUCGCUCCUGCCUCCCCGCGUGGCCGCCCUCGCGGUCCGAGCCAGCUCCUGGUGGGCCCACGUGGAGAUGGGCCCCCCCGACCCUAUUCUGGGGGUGACGGAGGCCUUCAAGAGGGACACCAGCCCCAAGAAGAUGAACCUGGGAGUCGGGGCUUACCGGGAUGACAACGGGAAGCCCUUCGUGCUCGGCUGUGUGCGCAAAGCAGAAGCCCAGAUAGCUGCUAAGAAGAUGGACAAGGAAUAUUUGCCUAUAUCUGGGUUUGCAGACUUCAACAAGGCAUCAGCUGAACUGGCUUUGGGAGAAACAAAUGAGGUUAUACAAAGUGGCCGGUAUGUCACCGUGCAGACAAUUUCUGGAACCGGGUCUUUAAGGGUUGGAGCCAACUUCUUGCAACGAUUCUUCAGCUCCAGCCGUGAUGUGUUCCUCCCCAAGCCUUCCUGGGGGAAUCACACCCCCAUUUUCAGAGAUGCCGGAAUGCAACUACAAAGCUAUCGAUACUAUGACCCCAAAACAUGCGGUUUUGACUUCACUGGAGCUUUGGAGGACAUUUCUAAAAUUCCAGAAAAGAGCAUUAUUCUCUUCCAUGCCUGCGCUCACAACCCCACUGGAGUGGACCCUCGUCCGGAGCAAUGGAAGGAGCUGGCGGCAGUGGUGAAGAAAAGGAAUCUCUUCACCUUCUUUGACAUGGCCUAUCAAGGUUUUGCCAGCGGGGAUAUAAACCGAGAUUCGUGGGCCGUCCGUCACUUCAUUGAGCAAGGCAUUAACAUUGUGGUCUCCCAGUCGUACGCCAAGAACAUGGGCCUCUACGGGGAGCGUGUGGGCGCCUUCACUGUCAUUUGCAAGGACAUGGAUGAAGCCAAGAGAGUGGAGUCCCAGAUCAAGAUCCUGAUCCGCCCCAUGUAUUCCAACCCCCCCCUCAAUGGGGCUCGGAUAGCUUCCACUAUCCUAAACAGCCCGGAUCUGCGAAAGGAAUGGCUAGCAGAGGUGAAGGGAAUGGCCGACCGCAUUAUCGGCAUGCGCACCCAACUCGUGGCCAAUCUCAAGAAGGAAGGUUCUUCUCAUAACUGGCAGCACAUCACUGAUCAGAUCGGCAUGUUCUGCUUUACGGGACUGAAGCCAGAACAGGUGGAGCGGUUAACCAAAGAAUUCUCCAUCUACAUGACCAAGGAUGGCCGCAUCUCCGUUGCAGGCGUCACCUCGGGCAACGUGGCUUACCUAGCUCACGCCAUCCACCAGGUGUCCAAGUGAACAGGGAGGAUUGUCCGGAUGGCUUCGUACUCUGGCUAGGCCGGGCGGAGAGUAGGAGGAGCAGCAGCAAGUAGCACAAGCAUUUCCCUCGUUUUUCACCAUCCGUCACUUGGCUGUGUGGUGUUCCCUUCCCCCCCUUCAUCAUUUGAGAUGUCUUCUGGUCCUGUGUGCAAAUGCUCCGGCAUCCUCGGAGCUGGGCUGGGAGACUCUCGGACUCUUUGUGAGUGUAGCCAUCCCCAGGACUACAGCUCCCAUAAAUAGCCAGCCUAAUUUCCAAUGCAGCCUCUUCGGUCUGCCUGCUUGGAGUGGACGUCCCUCUUCCAAGCUCUGUGCCCAGGGAUUCAAAGCAAGCUCUUGAAGGACAAGUGGCUUUUUCUUUCUUGCUAGAAAAGGUUCCCCUUGUUCCUAUGAAAGGAAUAUGAGGCAUUUUUUUUCAUUGCCCAAUAGAAAGGAGUUAGCACAACAGUAUUUUAAAUUACUCACUGACACUUUUAAUUCUGAAUAACCAAUCACACUUUAAAUUGCCUUUCCUUUGGGGUCUUUGGGAAACCCCCUAUUUAAAAAUUAUGUUUAGUGCUACUUCAGUUCUGGUAGAGUUAGUUGCUCAAAAGGUAUGUGGGAGAACAUCCACAGAAACAGAACACCGCAUGUUAAGAAAUGUGUCAAGACAGAAGUUACAAAACGGUUCCCCAGUGCAAAUAUUCGCACUGCAACCCCUCUACAUUGCGAACACUUGUAUGAUGGAGCCCUGAAUUUUAUCAUGUGUGUCUUAAGAACUUCUAAAUGUCCCCAACCCCCCAUCUGAAAGAGGGCAGGAGAAAGCGGCCAUCAACUUAUCAGCCAAUGAGCUUUACUAGUUGCGUACCCGUCCUGUGCCUGGUUCAUGCCAACCCUAGCAUCCGCCCACCUGCACUGUGUGACUGUCCUUCAGAAUCCCAAGUGGGGAGAGGCAUUCUGGGAAACGGGGUGACCUGCACAGCUACAGAGAUCAAACGCCUCCCGUGGCCCAUCCACCCUGUGACGCCUCUUCUUAAAUGAAUCAGUGGAACAGUUAACGCCUCCAUAUUGAAAGUCAGGCCGCAGAAAGAGACACGUGGUAGUUGUGCACAGCGCCCUCUUCCAGCCUGGCAAGCAGGCAGGGUCCACCCCCCACCCGGGACCUGAGAGGUGGGCAACCUGCCACUUGUGGAGCUGCUGGGCUUCAGCCAGCCCUCUGAAGCCACCUGGCUCUGCCUUCCCUCCCUCCCUCUCUAAUAAAGCUGCUGUACAUCUGGA